AUGGCCCCGUGGCUGCCCACCAAGGAGGCGAAGUAUGGCGUGGCCGUGUGGAACUUCCCAAGCACCAACGAGCAUCACCUCCCGCUGCAGGUCGGGGAGACGGUGCACAUCCUGCAGGCAUCUGAGGGCUGGUACCGCGGGUACUCGCUCAGGAACAGGGCUGCCCGGGGCAUCUUCCCGGCCUCGCUGAUCCACCUGAAGGGCGCGGUGGUGGAGCGCAGGGGGGUGGAGGAGUGCGUGGUCCCUGCCGAGAUGCCCAUGGUGCAGGAGAUCACCACCACGCUGCGGGAGUGGGCCACCAUCUGGAAGCAGCUCUAUGUGGCGGGGCAGACGGAGCGGUACCGGCAGGUGAAGCAGAUGAUGUACGAGCUGAUGGAGCGGCGCUCGCAGCUGCUCUCGGGAACGCUGCCCAAGGACGAGCUGCUGCAGCUCAAGAAGGAGGUGACCAGCAAGAUCGACUACGGCAACAAGAUCCUUGCGCUGGACCUGGUGGUGCGGGACGAGGAUGAAAACAUCCUGGACCCCGACAGGACCAGCGUCAUCAGCCUCUUCCAGGCACACAAGAAGGCUGCGCAGACCAUCACGCAGCGCAUCCAGGAGGAGACGUGCCCACAGCAGAGCGAGCUGGGCUGCAGCGCCCGCCUGGCGGCUUCGCCCUCCCACAACCUCUACCUCUGCGUGCGCAACUUUGUCUGCAACAUUGGUGAGGAGGCGCAGCUCUUCAUGGCGCUGUAUGACCCCGGCGAGCAGCGCAUGAUCAGUGAGAACUACGUGAUCCGCUGGGCCAGCACAGGCGUCCCACAGGACAUCGAGCUGCUCAACAACCUCAGGGCCAUCUUCACGGACCUGGGCAGCAAAGACCUGAAGCGGGAGAGGCUUUUCUUGGUGUGCCAGAUCAUCCGGGUGGGACGCAUGGACCUCCGGGAGACCCUCAGCCGCAAGCUCAGCACCGGCCUCCGUCGGCCCUUUGGCAUUUCGGUGAUGGACAUCACGGACAUCAGCAAGGGGAAGUGUGAGAGCGACGAGGACAAGCAGCACUUCAUCCCUGUGCACCUGGCAGCCGCUGAGAAUGAUUUCCUUCACAACAUGAUCAGGAAAGCGGUGGAAGGAAAGGACAUCAACCACAAAGGACAAGGGUUCUGGGUGUCUCUGAAGAUGCUGUGGGGAGACCUGAGCCAGGUGCGGAAGGACCACCCGCACCUUGUGGACCGCAGCACGGUGGUGGCACGCAAGCUGGGCUACCCGGAGGUCAUCAUGCCAG